UGUGGAGACAGCUCAAAAUUUGACAUCUGUCAUUCCUUCGCAUACCCACUUUGCAUGUCAAUAAUGUUAAUCCAGCGACCGAUGUUGCAGGCUUGCAAUUUGCGUUCUAGUCGUGGCUUCGAUCAACGAUGAAUGUGACGGGACCGGUGCUACCCCCACCUGGCGAAACAGUGAAUCCCAAUCCUCGGCCAUGGCUGUUCACAGCGAACUGCAUCGCGAUCGCCGUGGGCCUUGCGCUGAGCACAGUCUUCCUGGUGAUCCGAAUCUACACCAAAGCACGGAUUCUGCGGAAGUUCUGGUGGGAUGAUGUAUUCAUUCUCCUGGCCUGGGUCUUUUCCGUCAGCACCCAGGCAGUCAUUAUAUAUGGCUGCCUCGAUGCAGGCUUUGCAAUAGACAUCUGGGACCUGUCUGUCUCAGAACUCGUCACCUAUCGAAAGACCAUUCUUGCCAUGGCGGUGAUCCACAUCCAGGCGCUAGCGUUCGCCAAAUUCGCCGUCCUGAUGCUGUACUACCGAGUCCUCAAGUUCAUCACUCCGUGGCGGUACACACUCUGGGCAGUGGGUAGUAGCAUCGGACUCUACAGUGUUAUCCUAGUCUUCAUGCUUAUCUUCGCCUGCGUGCCGAUCGAGGAUGGCUGGUCCCUCACGCGCCCUAGUGCCUGCCGACGACGAUCGGGCCUCUAUCUGGCCACCGCAAUCGCCAACACCGCCAGCGACAGCAUCUUGCUGCUCAUCCCGAUGAUCUUUAUCUGGGCCCUGAAUCUACCAUUCAUGCAGAAGAUCGGUUUAUUCUGCCUGCUGGGGCUGGGAUGCCUUACGGUUGUGACCAGUAUCGUUCGCCUGGUCACCCUCAUUCCUCUUCUCGAUUCGAACAAUCAGCCCCAUAACAUCGGGCUUGUGUGUCUCUUUAUAGUCCUCGAAGCAAAUUUCAUCAUCCUCUGCGGCUGCCUCCCGUUCACGCGCGCGUUCCUGCACCACUACGCCCCGAAAUGGUUCCCCUCGCGCAACGGGAGUCGCGGCGACCGGUAUUACUUGACAGGGACGCCCCCCUCCAGCCUGACCUCGCCCUCGCAUAUGACCUCCCCCUCCAACAUGACCUCGCCAGCUGUAUCGUCACCGGAAUACCGUCGCAGACCAUCCUACUUCGAUAUAGAAGCUAUUCUGAACGACAUACCACCGGCGGAAUGUUCUGAGUUUGCGGGUCCACCGAGAGAGCCCCUGCCAGCUUGGAAGGGGCCGAUACGAAGUGACAUGAUCGAUUGACUGAAGACCUUUCCGAAACUAAAAGUAUGCUGCUUGAUUUCUAUAGACCAGGCUAAAAGUGGUGUUUCAAGCGAUUGUAUGACUAUAAUGGUUAAUUUGUGGAUAUAUGAGUCGGGGGUCUUGAAUUGGAGGCCUCUGGAGCCAUGUGAAACGGUGGCAAAGCAGGAAGGGAUAGGGCAGAAUGGCAGGGUAGACCUGUACUACAUCGGCAGUCUAACCCACACCCUUUCUCUCCAGG